GGACAAGGUGGUCUGGGAGUAGAGGAGCCUUGUGGGAAGAAGGAGUCGUCGAAUGGAAGGGACUGGUGGUGCUGGAUUCAUGCUGAGUGAGGAGCAGAGCAGGUGCUGAAAACAAAUGCCAACCGCAGGGUCACGCUGGCCGGUGAGAGCAGCGAGCAGUAGAAGUAGCAGUGUGCUGCUGGGAAGCCGAGAGACAGGAAUCAUGGAUCAACUCCAGCUCACAGAUGCAGGUGUCCGACAGACCAGCCGGCCAGACAGGCCUCAGACAACUCAGGAUGAUGCUGGGAUUGCAGGUUCUGCUUCUGUAAGCCAACCUCCUGUAAGGCGCCCAUCACAGGGCUCGGGGCACUUACCCAGGAGGCCAAGUAAGACACGGCGUCUUGGCACGGAAUCUGCGGCUCCAUCUUCCCCACCCAGGCGGCGCAUUUCUGCAGUGUCACCCCAGCCACCACUGGCACUAUUGGCGAGUCCACAGAGUGAUGAGCCCCGAUCACCUCAGUUAUCUGAGCCAAGCUUGAUGGCCGACGUGGACCAGCAGGGACAAGACCAACAGGCAACCUUCACACUGCAACUAACACCUGUUGACCCGAGCCAGCCAAUACAGCUGCAGGAUAUCCCCCAAGCCUCCAUGAGUCCACAACUGGCACAAGCUCCACCGCAGCCACAAAUACCAGAUGACUUUUGGUCCAGUUGGACAAGCCAACAGGCACAAAGCAAUGCCAGCCUGACCGCACAUACCCAACACCUUGCCAGUCUGCCCCAUCAUCUACCGCGCAUUAGUCGCAACUCGGGCAGACUGAUUGUACAAGUAGGCCGAAUCGCAACAUCGAUGGAGCAAAUACGGGCAGACAACAACCAAAUGCUGGCUCAUUUAACGCGCAUCAUUGAUGAGCAACAGCGCCACCAACAAACACUCGUACAACUAAUACAGCACAACCAGGUUGUGAAUGAGUCUUUAUCCCGGAUUGUAGCCAGCCACACUGCAACCAACACACAACUGAAUGCAAGCAUAAAUAAUUUGAGCAACAACAUAACAUUGAUGGCAGCUCAACAAGUGACCUCCAGCUCUGGAACCACGACCCCUAUCCAAACGCCAGUAACCUCCCCUGUUCGGCGUUCCUCCCGAGCACGUGCCAGUGAGCCAGCACAAAGCACAGCACCCAGCACACACAAGCGGAAAAAAUAAGACUUUGUAAAAAUUUGAG